UCCAAAGGAACUCUGAGUGGAAUGGAGAAGAAUAUCACUGCAAUUCCGAAUGCCUCGCUAACUCAAAACCUGCCAAAAGUCCAGUUUUCUAAAAACUCAUUAUGGUCAGCCACUAUAGUUAUAUUAAUCCUAAUGAUAAUUGCAAUCGUACUCGGUAAUGUCUUGGUUUUAGUAACAACCUGGCUGGAUAAGCGUCUCCAUCGACCAAAUAAAUAUUUCGUUGCCUGUCUUGCAGUUGCUGAUCUCCUUGUUGGUAUUUUCAGUGUUCCUAUCAGACUACAUCUUCUUCUUAAUCCCACAAUCCUAGCCUCAAUUCAACUUUGUCGUUUCUGGACAUGGAUCGAUAUAUGUUGCGAAGUGGCAUCUAUUGUUACUUUAACGGUUAUCAGUAUUGAUCGUUACUUUAAGAUUAGCCAUCCUUUUCAAUACAGAUCACGAAUGGAUACCCGAAAGUCGCAGCUAGUAAUUUGUAUUAUUUGGCUCAUUUCUGGCGUCCAUGCUACACUGGGAAUGUUUUCGUACGAUGACAGUGUUAGCGUGAUUGCAUUGGUUGGAAAAGGAUGUAUAAACGAUAAUAAAAUCUACAUUACUGUAACUGCAUCGGUUUUCUUCUUUUUACCUUUGCUGGUGAUACUCGCUAUGUACGCGCUUGUAUUUCACGUUGCGCACACUCAGGAAAAACGGAAUCGAAAAGGAAAGCUGGGUCGAAGGGUGUCUUCGCGAAGGAAGAAAGCGGUGAACAAGGAAUUGUAUCAAGAAUUGAAAACCGCCCGAAUGCUUCUACUCGUUGUUGGAGCAUUCACGGUUUGCUGGGCCCCUCUGUUUGUUCUAUUUUUCAUUGGGACUUACCGACCAGAGUAUUUGUCAACUAGCCAGUAUAUAAAUCAGAUAUUAGGAACCAUUUUUGUUAUGAUUUUACCAUCGUUUAACAGUCUUUGCAAUCCUGUCAUUUAUGCCUGUUUCGAUCGAGAGUACAACAACGCAUUCAAGCAACUGUUCCAGAAGGUAUUUAGUUCCCAAAGUUCCUCAAGGAAAAAGCUUUCCCGCAGUUCAUCAAUUACUCAAAGUUCCAAUCUUAAAACUCGAACAACCAUGGAAACUCCACUGAAUAAUUCUACACCUGAAGAACAUUUGUAA